AUUUAGUAUACAAUUGUACGCCAUGGAUUCAAGAAUUGCAGUAGUUUGUGUUUUUUUGACGGUGUUUGCAGUGGACCAAACGGUCGGAGCACCACAAAAAGAUGCUGCAGCCGUAAGCGGUUCCGCUUACACUACAAAAUACGAUAAUAUUGAUAUUGACCAAGUUCUGGCUUCCAAAAGAUUAGUAAACAGCUAUGUUCAAUGUCUGUUGGACAAAAAACCGUGCACGCCCGAAGGAGCUGAACUGAGAAAAAUUUUACCUGAUGCUUUAAAAACACAAUGUUCGAAAUGUAAUGCCAUGCAAAAAAAUGCUGCUCUUAAAGUUGUUGAUCGACUCCAGAAAGAUUAUGAUGCAGAAUGGAAACUUCUUCUUGACAAAUGGGAUCCUAAACGUGAACAUUUCCAAAAAUUCCAACAAUAUUUGUCAGAAGAGAAGAAAAAAGGUUUUGUUAAAUUUUAAUUACAAUGAUAAGUUACCAGUUAGUAGUAAAUAAUAAUUUAAUUUUAUCAAUACAUAAGAA